AUGUCUGACCUCUCUGCUCUUUUCCAAAAUCUCACUGUUCACUCUGAAAAAACUGAAUUCCAAAUCGCCCUCAAGGCAGCUGAAAAAGCGUUUUCCCACCUACAUCAAAAGGUGCAAUGGAUUGCUGCUUAUGGACCGGAAUCUUACCAAUUCCAAAAGUGCAUGCCGGAGGUGUUGGCAGAACUUGAUGCUGUCCAAGCCAUGGUGAACACUGCGAAAAGUUUGAAGAACCGCCAACAUAACGAAGAAGACAACUUUGAGAAUGAAGAAGAAGAAGAAGAAGAAGAAAGCGACGGAGGUGACAAAGAUGAAGAAGGUGUUAAUGAACAAGAAGCAAAAGAAGAAGAAUACUAUGAUGCAAGAGAAGAUUAUGAAGAUGUCGAAGAUGCUGAAGAGUUUCACGAUGCAAACGAAGGAGUUUAUCAAGAAGACGAGGAAGAAGAAGAACAAGGCGAACGAGAAGAAUGCCAUUUCUUUUUUUAUGAUGAAGGAGAAGAAGAUGAGGAAGAUGAGGAAGAUGAGGAAGAAGAAGAAUUAGGAGAAUUUCCCUACCAAAAUGACUACGAAGAAGGCAAUAACGGAGCCAACGAGGAUGCCAAUGCCAAUGACAAUGACAAUGACAAUGACGAUGACGAUGGCUGUGGUGAACAGCAAGAGCCGCAACAGGAUGAAGAGUUCCCCUUCUUCGGUGUCGAUGUCCAGGAGGAAGAAAUCGGUGACGACGAAAUUGACGAUCCGAUGGAAAUCGACACCGAAGACGAAUUGGUCGACUGGAUGGACGUCGACCAUCCCGACGAAUUGAUUGACUGGAUGGAUGUCGAUGACUAG